AUGCGUGAGACUGUGCCUAGUGCAAAAGGAUAUGAUAUUCAUGUAGAAAUUUUGAGGGCUAUAGAUGCCUGGAAUCAUAAUGAUUUCCUCCACAUAAAUUAUAUAUUCUCAAUGCAAGAUGAUUUGUUGUAUGAUGUCUAUGUGGUAUGCAAGACACACAAGGAACUUUGGGAAUCACUUGAGAAAAAAUAUAAAACCGAGGAUGCUGGUUCAAAGAAAUGUGUCGUAGGCAAAUUUUUGGACUACAAAAUGGUGGAUUCCAAGUCUGUUGUCUCUCAAACCAAAGAUCUUCAGAAAAUCAUCCAUGACAUUCAUGUUGAAGGGAUGGUGAUCAAUGAGUCUUUUCAAGUGGUGUCUUUCAUAGAGAAAUUGUCACCUUCUUGGAAGGAGUUCAAGAAUUAUCUCAAGCACAAACGUAAGGAGAUGACCCUCGAAGAUCUUAUUGUAAGGCUGAGGAAGAUAACAGAAAAAAUGAGAAGGGCUUGGUUUCGACAAGGCCAUAGGGCUCAAGAUUGUCGCCAUCGAAGGGAUCAAGGUCCUGGAAAUCAAGGCAACAACAACAGUGCAAACCAUGCUGAUUGGUGGAUAGAUACCGGUGCAACUCGCCAUGUAUAUGGUGAUAGAAACAUGUUCUCUUCAUACCAGAAAGUCGAGGGGAACGAGCAGUUGUUCAUAGGAAAUGCUUCUGCAUCUGUUAUGGCUGGAAUAGAGAAAUGUGUUCUGAAAUUCACUUCUGGAAAGGAAUUAACCCUCCUUGAUGUGUUGCAUUGA